AUGCGGCUCCACGACGCGCCCUGGGGAUGCUCCCGCCGCGGGCCAUGUCCGUUGCGCCAUCCUUCCCCGGGGCCGUAUCCGCUCCUCCACUAUGUCGCUGACUGCCUCUCCCCGCCUGUGUUGCACACCCACGGUCUCGCCACCGCCGCCGCGACCGCCGCCACCGAGGCCUCCCGCACCCUCCGAAUCGAGCACCCGUCCAAGCAAAACAUUGAAGUGAUCGCCUCGCCGCCGGCCGGGGUUUCCAAUCCACGGUGCAACGCCAUGCUCGACGACGAUCAGUCCUUCGCCUUCGGGCCUGAAACUGACGAGUUUGUUGGUUUCUUGCAGGAGGGCAUCUCGAGCCCCAUAGCCGCGCACAUCCUCGACUUCUGCGACGAUGGCAGCGGCGGCGGCGACCUCUUCGGGGCGGUGAACGCUGCGUCUGACGUGUUCGCUGCCUCAUCGGAGGACGCCUCGUCGUCGUCCACCGCCACGCCUCCCCUCUACAGCCAUGGCGACAACAUGUCGUCGGGCGCGGCCGCGGCCACGACCACGGCCACCUUCUCCCCCAUGCCGUCCCUUGACUCCACGCUCUCGGCACUCCUCGAGGAAGACCAGCCGCCUGGCCCCGACGCUGAGCUCCUCCUCCCCAUAGACUACGCGUUUGCGGCGGCGGCGGCGGGCACGGACGAGACCCAGACGGAGCAGCAACAGUUUGGCCAGAUGGUGCUCCCGGUGGUGGCCGCGGCAGAGCACCACCCGCACCCGGCCCUGCAGACGCAAAUGAGCAGCACGGCGUCCGACCUCAUGCAGCUCACCUCGGGAUAUACUGACGAGUGCUUCGCGGCGGCGCUGGCCGGUGGGUUCAUGGGGCUGGACGAGACCCUGUGCAACCAGCAGCCUGGCGCGAUGCUCCCCGGCGCCGCCGACGCGACGCAGGGGUGUUACGCGGCGCAGGGAGGUUUCUUCGGCGGCGGCGGCUGCACGGGCACCGUGAUGUCGAUGAUGCUGGGGAUGGAUGAGAUGGGCGAGUACCAGAGGAUGAUGGAGGGCGGCGCGCUGGUCGACGCCGACUCCGCGGGGCAGAUGGCGUUCCCUAGCGCCGCAGAGAUGCAGAGCAUGGGAGGCAGCGGUAGCCCCGGGCGGCUGCCGGCGGCGGGAGAGACCUCGAGCCUGGAGGACACGAGCUUCAAGGCCGCCCGCCUCUCCGUGGAGGAGAGGAAGGAGAAGAUCCACCGGUACAUCAAGAAGAGGAACGAGAGGAACUUCAGCAAGAAGAUCAAGUACGCGUGUAGGAAAACCUUGGCGGACAGCAGGCCGCGCGUGCGCGGGAGGUUCGCCAAGAACGACGAGUACUGUGAAGCAUCCACGGCGAUCGGAUCACAGAACCACGAGGAGUACGAGCAGAUGCCGGGCGUGAAGGGGGAGGACAUGCUCGACCCCGACGCGCUGGCGCACAUCAGCGGGAUGAGCUCCUACAUGUACAACCACACGGUGGAGUCGUGGAUUUAAACUAACCAAACCACACACGACGAUCGCGAGAUCGCUAAUCCCACCCUUUUUUUCCCAACCUAUUUUACACGUGCGGAUUCUUAACAGCGCUUUUAACCUUGAUGAUUUGGUCCCGUGGAAUAAUUUUGUAGCUCUUGAAGCGGCGAGUUGAAUUUACUUACCAUGUAGGGUCGGCCGGUCUGUUGUUUCAGUCAAAAUCUGCAGAGUAUUUAAUAGAGUUUGCAGAGUUUGCAGA